CACGGAUCUCCAUGAGCGAAGUUCCAAUGCGCAACAUCCCACAGUGUGAACUCCCCGAGCCUGGCAGCAGCUGUAGCAGUGUUAGCAGGGUGCCGGCAAGCUGAAGCCCAGAGAGAUGUCACAACUAUACUACCGGCGCACUGACAGCUCCUCGUACCGGGACCGCAUCCCGCUGAGAAUUGUGCGGGCCGAGUCGGAGCUGUCGCCCUUGGAGAAAGCCUACCUCGGAGCCGUGGAGAAGGGGGACUAUGCUAGCGUCAAACAGGCUCUGGAGGAGGCAGAGAUCUACUUCAAGAUCAACAUCAACUGCAUCGACCCUCUCGGCCGCACGUCCCUGCUGAUUGCUAUUGAGAACGAGAACCUGGAAAUCAUUGAACUCUUGCUGAGCUUCAACGUCUACGUCGGCGAUGCCCUGCUGCACGCGAUCCGCAAGGAGGUGGUGGGAGCUGUGGAGCUGCUGCUGAAUCACAAGAAGCCAAGUGGCGGCAUGCAGGUUCCCCCUAUCUUAUUGGACAAGCAGUUCUCUGACUUCACCCCUGACAUCACUCCCAUCAUCCUGGCUGCACACACCAACAACUAUGAAAUUAUCAAGCUUCUGGUGCAGAAAGGCGUGUCUAUGCCGCAGCCACAUGAGGUGCGCUGCAACUGUGUGGAGUGUGUGUCUAGCUCAGACGUGGACAGUCUGCGGCACUCGCGCUCACGCCUCAACAUCUACAAAGCGCUGUCGAGUCCCUCCCUAAUUGCGCUCUCCAGCGAGGACCCCUUCCUCACCGCGUUCAGGCUCAGCUGGGAGCUGCAGGAGCUCAGCAAGGUGGAGAACGAAUUCAAAUCAGAGUACGAGGAGCUGUCUCAGCAGUGUAAACAAUUUGCCAAGGACCUCCUGGACCAGACAAGAAGCUCCAGAGAGCUGGAGAUGAUCCUCAACUACAGAGACGACACCAAUUUAUUGGACGAGGACGGCAACAACGACCUGGCCAGACUCAAACUAGCUAUCAAGUACCACCAGAAAGAGUUUGUAGCUCAGCCAAACUGCCAGCAGCUCUUGGCGUCCCGGUGGUAUGAUGAGUUCCCCGGCUGGAGACGCCGCCACUGGGCAGGGAAGUUCUUCACCUGCGUCUUCAUCGGCUUCCUCUACCCGCUGUUUGCCCUCUGCUACCUCAUCGCUCCUAAGAGUCGCUACGGCCUCUUCAUCCGCAAGCCCUUCAUCAAGUUCAUCUGCCACACGGCGUCCUACCUGACCUUUCUAUUCCUGCUGCUGCUCGCCUCCCAGCACAUUGUCACCACAGAGCAGGACAGGCAGGGCCCCGCACCAACCACUGUGGAGUGGAUGAUCCUGCCCUGGGUGCUGGGAUUCAUUUGGGCAGAGAUCAAACAAAUGUGGGAUGGCGGUUUCCAAGACUAUGUCCAUGACUGGUGGAACCUGAUGGACUUUGUCAUGAACUCUCUGUACCUGGCCACCAUCUCCCUCAAGAUUGUAGCCUACACUAAGUACAGCGGUAGUAAACCCAGGAACCAGUGGGAGAUGUGGCAUCCGACACUAGUAGCUGAGGCGGUGUUUGCCAUCGCGAACAUUUUCAGCUCCCUGCGCCUCAUCUCGCUGUUCACCGCCAACUCUCACCUGGGGCCUCUGCAGAUCUCUCUGGGGAGGAUGCUGCUGGACAUCCUGAAGUUCCUUUUCAUCUACUGUCUGGUCCUGCUGGCCUUUGCUAACGGGUUAAAUCAGCUGUACUUCUACUACGAGACCAAGGCUUCAGAUGAGAAGGACAAAUGCAAAGGCAUCCGCUGCGUGGAGCAGAACAACGCUUUCUCCACGUUGUUUGAGACCCUGCAGUCUCUCUUCUGGUCAAUCUUUGGCCUGAUCAGCCUGUAUGUGACCAACGUGGACGCAGACCAUCAGUUCACCGAGUUUGUCGGCGCCACCAUGUUCGGCACCUACAACAUCAUCUCACUGGUGGUGCUCCUCAACAUGCUCAUAGCCAUGAUGAACAACUCCUACCAGCACAUUGCUGAUCACGCGGACAUUGAGUGGAAGUUCGCCAGGACGAAGCUGUGGAUGAGUUACUUCGAAGAAGGGGCCACUCUGCCGGCCCCGUUCAACAUCAUCCCCAGCCCCAAGUCAUUCUGGUACCUCGUGCGCUGGAUCAAGAGGCAAGUGUGCAAGAGGACAAACUCCAAGCGGCCUGAAACUUUUGGGACUCUCGGAAGGCGAGCGGCAGAGAAUCUGAGGAUAAACCAUCAGUAUCAGGAGGUACUGAGAAACUUGGUGAAGCGCUACGUGGCCGCCAUGAUCAGAGAUGCCAAGACAGAGGAAGGUCUGACUGAAGAAAACUUCAAGGAGCUGAAACAAGACAUCUCCAGUUUUCGUUACGAGGUGAUGGGCAUGGUGAAGACGGGGAAGCCCGCUCUACAGGGGGCGAAGGCCAGUGGUAGCUCAGCGGACUCCAGUCUCGUUUACUCCAACCCCUCGCUCGAGGUUUCUCCCUGCCCUCAGAGCAGCCAGGUGAAAAGCAAACUCAACCGAUUCAAGAUCAUCACAUCCAUCCUCAAGCAGGGCAGUUCUACGGCUUCACCCAGGCCGCCCGAAGCCUCCAACGGGCUACCUAACGGACUCUUGUCUCCAGUCCCCGAUGAGAGCGCCGGCGAAAAGUCAAGCCAGAGGAGAAGUUUCCCCAGAGAUAUCACUGAGUUUGGCUUGUUCCAGAAACGCCACCGGGGUGGCUGUGAAGACACGUUAGAUGCUGGAGAGAUUUCUAGAAAGAUGUAUUCUCUGUCAGAGGAAGUGGUGGAGUCUGUGGGCUCGGACACAGAGGGGCAGGACAAAGAGCACAAGGCAACAGGAAAGGAUGAGGAAGGACUCCUGGAGACAGAAACAGAGGAAGACGCUGCAGUAAAUGAGGCCCUGGAUGAAAAUGGCGAGGUCCUGAACACUAAUAACAGCUCGGACGAAGGUGGAAAAAUCGAAUCGGAGGACAAGGACAGAGAGAGUUUACCCUGCAGUGACUCAGUAGCUCAUGGAUGUUUGUCAAGGUCAUCCAGAGAAGAAGCGUAAGAUGUGACAAUACAAGAAUAUAAGUACAGGCCAAGUAAAGUUGGACUGAAGGCAGAGAGACUGACAAUCAGUGUGAGCUUCAAGUGAGGAUUUAUGUUUUGCAAAGAGUCUAACUUUUCCAGCUACUACUAAACGGAUGAUCAAAUUUGAUCUGUGGAGACUCAGGGAGGCCUUUGGUGUAAGUGUUUUAAAUGCUGUUAUAGUAGCAGUGGAGCUGCAGCAAAGGUUAAGGGAGCUCUGUGUGAGCAUCGCAAGGACUUAGAUUUUUGGAUAAAGUCAUUUCAUCUUAUCUCAUCCCCACAGAUAAUUGGAAAGUAAUUAUUUCCUGUAACUGAUUUUAACCUCUUCUGUCCCCCUGUCCCUCAUCUGACACCUUCCCUUCUUUUAAAGUGACCGUCAUACACCACCCUCUCUCCUUCAUCAACCUCUCUCUACCUCUUCUCCUGCUAGUUCAUCUCCACACUGCUUAAUGCUCUCCAUCCUGAUCUCAAGAGCAAUAGAUAUGUUCUGUUUUAGACCCGACUUUCUGCCUUACUCUGUCUGUUUCUGCACUUUGCACACUUUAUACUGGAAUACGGUAUCUCAAGAUGUGUCAAGCUCGUGCAACUACAAUUCUGUCAAUGUUUUUCUAUGCAAAAGCCAGGAUUGUGAUUCUCAUCGUUCUGAUGAGGAUAAUGGUACCUUUGACGGAGACAGUUCAUGAUUAUAUAAGGUAGAGCACGGCAGACAAGAGAUAAACAACAUGGACA